AUGGGCAAGAUCCGCUCCUGGUCCGCUGGCCUCAGCGCCAAGCUCUCCGGAGGCAGCUCCUCAGACAAGCAAGACCUCGCUACCGAAGUCGAGCAGCGCAAAAAGGGUAUCGACAGCCUCUAUGCCUCUACUGAAGCCUACUGGUCCUAUUUGGGCAAGAAGAAACCCGUACCAUUCGACACUUCGGCCUUGCCUGUCGACGAGACCUCUUCCGUCAUCAGUGGCACAGUGUCGUCCAAGCCAGAACGCAAGAUGCUGCCCGUCGAAGCACUCGGUCUUGCCAUGAGCUCAUUCUCCGCUGCUUUCCCCGACGGAUCCGCCUACGGCUCGUGUCUCGGUCUGUUGGGUGAAGCGCACAUCAAGCUCGGGUACCUCCAGUCGACGUUCACCAAGGAUACGUCGCAGAUUUUUUUAGCGAGGAUCGCACGCUCCAAAGCAACACUCGACUCAUUCACGGCUGCCCUCAAGAAGCUCGAAAGCGCCACAGCUCGACUCGAAUCGGCGCAGACGAAGGUGCAGAAGAGCAAAAAGGAGAAGCGCGAGUUGGAAGAGGAGUUGCGGCUCGCAAAGGCGGCCUACGACGAGGCUGUCACCGACGUCGAGGUGCGGGGCGAGGCCAUUCAGGACUCCGAGUAUGACGAUUGGCAGUGUUUGACAACAUACAUGCAAGCGCAGCUCGACUACAUGGGACAGGCGCAAGCGGUGUUGGAGCAGGUCAAGUCCAUGUGGGGCGAGCCACCGGCUGUGUCGCAGUCCGGUUCGUCGACGCCACUCACGCGCCCACGAUCGCUUUCGGCACCUAAGACGCGGCCGUCGAUCUCGCGUCGCUCGUCGGCAAAAGAUGCAGGUGAUGUGACGGCUCCCUCGAGUCGAUUCGCUUCUCGCUCUACACUCAGCCUCGCUAAUAGCGAUCAACCCGCUUCCUCGGACGAUUCGAAGCGGGAGCCGGACGGCAAGGAGAAAGACAAGAAGAGUCGACUUCGCAUGCCUUCAUUCUCGGGUGCAGGCGAUACUGUCUCGUCUGUGGCUGCCGGAAUCGGGUCAUCUCUUGGUCGCGCGAGGGGGGCCAGUCUGUUUGGCGCAGCAUCGGGAGAGCCUAGUCCAGAUAAGGAUAGAGAGUCGAGCAAGUGGAACUUUAUGUCGCGCUCAAACAAGAAGGAACAAGGGUUCGUGUCGAUGGACGAAUCGGACAAGGUGCGUGCGGCAGCGCCUGCAGGGGAUCGUGCCCCACCGACGCUCCCCACUCGAGACUACGUCCGGCCCUCGGUGUCUGCGCUCGACGUGCAGCUGAGCGCGUCCGAGCACGAGACGACGUCCAACGGACAUUACAACGACACCGUGUCUCCGGGAUUGCGACUGUCUCGCGCUGAUUCCAUCGACUCUGACGAUUCCGAGGACGAGGGCGUGGAUCGUUACAGGGCGCAUCACCAACCCUCGCCUUUCUCGCCCGACGCAGGUUCCGGCACCAACGCGUUCUUGGACGUGCAUCGAUCCACUGCGCACGAGACAAUCCAUGAGCGCGGCGAAUCCCAACUAAGCGCCGAGAUGCAUCUCAUGGACAGUCACUACCUCGGCGGCACGUCCGCUCCACCUAUCGGGCUCAACCACACUGGCCUGUCGGCGUACAGCGACCUGUCGGCGGAUCCGUUCCACAGCAGCAGCGCCAUGUCGCCACAGCAGACGGGUGGGCGGUUGGAUGGUGACGAGGAUACGGAUGACGAGCAUGAGGUGGAGCGGCAGGGUCUGACUGGUGCUGGUUCCGCUGUGGUGCAGAGGGGCGGGGGUUGGAGGAAUGUGCUCAAUGGAAACGGCGUCAAUGGGACGAGUGGCGGAGGAACAUUGAAAGGAAGAACGCCGCCACCGGUUCCGCCUAGCGCUGCGUAUCUGUCCAAGAGCAAGGCAAGGCCUCCGCCGCCGCCGCCUUUGCCGUCUAGGAACAGUUCUUGA